CUCUCGGAUGAAAACGUUAUUCAAAAACUUUCUUCGCGCUUUCUUGGUUAUUAUUUCCAUGUUCUCCACGAAGAGAACUCUGACCUCUUCACAUCAACCAUCUUUUUUAGUGUGGAGCAGAAAUUGAGCGGGCAUCAUAGCGGCUGUUACAACAUCACGGAAGCGCAGGCGAUCAUGACGGAACUACGCAAUAUCCAGAAGUCCCUGAGCUCCGGCGAGAAGGAGAAAGCUGAACUGAUGCAGUCGCUGGCUCAGCUUAAGGAUGAGCUGACGAGGCUUCAGUUUUGCGAAGGCAGCCCGGAGGCCAGUACUCUCAGUCUGCCACAGGAGAAACUCAGCACGGCCUCCCAGACCGAUCUAUCGGGCGAGCUGGUGCCGAUCGGCACCCGAUUGGCUGAGAUGGCGCGCAUGAGACUGCAAUAUGAUGAGGCGAGGAAAAGGAUCCAGCACAUUCAACAGCAGUUGGCGGAUCUCGAGGAGAAGGUGAUGCCGGGUCAAACCGAAAGCGACAAGGACAAGUUACUGUUGUUCCAAGAGAAAGAGCAACUGCUGAGAGAAUUACGUAGCAUUACGCCGCGCACGAGGACGCAGCAGGACAUGAAGAGGAUCCAGUGCGAGAUCCGUAGGCUUGAGCAGGACCUCAACAACGCGUUUGAGCUAUCGAACAAAACCAUCACCGACCGCGUGCGAUUGCACGAGGAGAAGCAGUUGCUGUUGCAACAGCUCAGAGACGCCCUGCGUUCAAUGGCAAUGUUAGAGGGUCAACUGAAGACUUUGAGCGCUAGUACACUAUCAGUGAGCAGCAGCUCGAGCCUCGGUAGUCUCAGUACCACCAGCAGCAAGGGCUCUCUAAGUUCGGGGUUGAGUUUCACGGACAUUUACGGCGGCCCACAGUGCUUGAGCACGGGUAGCUCGCAACAGGAGCGACCGGUCGACAUGGUGGACCUGCACAGACGUGUAGAAAGACUGUUACGAGGUUCCGAGCAACAAAAUAACCUAAUUGGCACACCGUCGCCCGGCAGGUCUCAGCCCAGUCUCUCACCGCGGUCAAGCUUGUCCAGUGUGAGCCCUCCGGUGUCGCCGUUAUACGAGAACGCGCCGAUAGGUCCACCACCUACAUAUGAGCAAGUGGAAUUGCAAAGGCGGCAGCAUCAGAAAGUAACACCAGCCGCGACAACGAGCGGUAUUGCGUCACAUCUGGACGGAAGCCAGUUAGAGGAUCGUUUAACGGAACUCAGGCUCAGUCAGCAACAGCAACAACAGCAGCAUCAACAGCAACAGCAGCACCAGCAAGGUGUCGUUCCUCAGGAGCAGAUCUCGUGCUCAUCAAAUGGUUUACAGGAGCGUCUGAAACUCGUGGUCAGUCCUCAUCCGCCGGUUGAGUUGCAAUCGAACAACAUGUCCCAGGGUAGCGGUCUUGGCAGGCCCGGGAUGCAGCUACCAGCGUCAUUGCCUCAACAGGAGCCGCCACCCUUGUCACCGAUCAGUGAAACACCACCACCUACCGGGAUCAGGUCGAGGGCUAGUAGUUCCGGCACCAACACCAGGUCCGUGUCCGCUGCGGUGUCCGACGAAAGCGUCGCCGGUGAUUCGGGCGUCUUCGAGGCGUCCAAUCGUAAAAGACUGUCUGGAUUGAUUUCCGACGUGGACCUAUUGGCGUCGGGUGAAAUGAGCCUGGAAACGGCGCAAGUGCAGAUCAAACUGAGGUAUUCAGUGAGCGACGGAUUACUUCACGUUGGCAUUGAACGCGCGAGGAAUCUGGCGGCGCUUUUCAUACCCAAUAAUGCGGAAGUGUACAUCAGAGCUGCUUUGCUGCCGAUGCAAUUGCCCGUCAAUCACAUGUGUUGCACGAAACCCGUCGUGGACCUGCGAAAGCCAACCUUCGGCGAGACAUUUCCGAUCGCUGUGCCGCUCAAUAAAUUGUACACGAAAACGCUGCAAGUGAAUGUUUGGUGUACGAGCAACGAAGCCGAGGAAUGCUUGGGUUCUGCGCAAGUCUCGUUGGCAGACUUCAGCCCAGAAUCUCCUAGCGUCAAAUGGUACAACAUACUCUCCUUCCGCUUCAUGCAACCGUCUGACAGUCCUAGCGCUAGCACCAGUAACAACGCGUCCACAAGCGUCGUUCGGCAAGCCAAACACGACAAACAGGAGUCAGAUAUUUCGGUAUACAGGAGCGCGCAAAACACCAAGGAGGAGAGCAGCGACGAGAGCACAAUCAUCAGUUCUCAGACGUCCACCUUGACGAGAAAUCAAGGAUGCGACGAGUUGCAGACUGCCGUGUCGCUGAGACUAGAGGAGUUGGCCAAUUGUCUGGGUAGCCCAGAAGAGGAGGACGAGGGGGGAGGCAGCGGUAGCGGAAGUGGGAGCGGAGGCAGUAACAACGAGGAAGACAUGGCUGAGGAUUUCAUGGCAGAGGACAACGUUCUGGAAGAUGUUUUGGAGCACGAGGAGGACGAGGAGCUGGACGAUGAAACGAGACAAACGGAAGACAAAGAGACGAACACCGAAUGUGUGUUUAUUCCGGAGCAAGGGAAGCAGAGGAAACUAUCCGCGGCUGGCGUUGCGCCCGGCGCCGUGCACGACGACAAGAACUCAAUUGUCAUCAAGAGGAGUCAGACAUUCUCGCCGAGCGCGGCUGUCAGUAAAAAUCAUUAUAUAUGUCGACUUAAUCGCAGCGACAGCGACAGUAGCAUGCCCCUUUAUCGCAAAGGUGGACCUUUCCAACGGAAUUCGGUAGAAAGACGUUCGCUGCGAUGGCGCCGACCGUCCUCGGCCCUCAGCUGCAAAACCACCUCGAAGAAAUCAUCCCAUCUACCGCCUACAGCGAGGACAUCGUUGGACCUUGAGUUAGAUCUCCAGGCACAGCAUGCCAAACUGAAUAAUCUCCAGGACGAGCUUAUGAGGUUACGGGAACUGAAACAACGGUUGGAGCAAGCGCGCGAGAAGGGCGACGCCGAUCUAGCGACCUGGCUGUUAGAGGAUCACAAGUUCCAAAAUCUCAUGGCGCUGGCUGAGAACGGCAAAAACGGCAGGAGCGCCGAAGAGAAGAAAGUAGAUAAAAUGCUGAAGAAAACUUCGAAGGAAAUCUACAAAUUGAGGAAGACGAAAGUCGCGAAAGGAAAACCCGAUAUAAUAUCCUUCAAGGAGAAAAUGGCCUUCUUCACGCGCGUGAAUUCGAACGUUCCUAUUCUGCCGCCGGAGGACUUCGGACCGGACGGCAAUAUAUAUCCGACGAUGGUGGCACAAGCGCACAUGCAUAGGAGGUACGCGUCGGAACCCGUAACCACUAGCACUCACAAUAGCUACGUUGGAAACUCGACGAUGCGACCAAAUAGCGUUCCUAGCGGCAGUUCCGCGUCGCCUUCGGCCGUGAGGAGUGUCAGCGUCACGGUGGACCGGAACACGGCCAACACGAUUGUGUCGACGAACACCGACGAGGACGUCUCAACCGCCGCCAACGAUAUCACUAACAAGUCGGUGUCUACUAAAGGUCGGCCAACGGCGGUCACGACAUCGCUGGCGACGACGGAGUCGAGCACGCCGGCUUCGGGGAACGGCGAGGAUGAGAGUGCCAAGUCCAUCGAGAAGAACAACGGUGGUAACGGGGAGCCAAAGAGGUACGAGUACGUUGUCGACCGAGUGUUGGGCGUGGAGGUGUGAGAACGGAAGAUCGUAGGGAUGGAAGUUGUCGACGAAGGCAACGAAGUGACGAAGCGACUCGCGCGCAUGAAAGCCACGCGUUCGAAGCUGCGAUCUUCAUCCAGUGUCGUGAACACUGAAAGGAACAGUGUCUCCCGAAACCCCUCAGAGCGCGCGGUCUGCAAGGAGGAAAAUUGAGUCGAUCGCAGCGUGGUUAGAACAGGCUUCCUAAUUCUCAGUAUCAGGUGCCAUUGUCCUCGGACUCUCACUUAGCGCCUUACUUUCCACCGAAUGCGAUCGUUGUUCGAUUUGCGGCGCAUCUGUGCCAAUGCUGCGUGUGCCUAUUAGAAGCAAUUUGCCGAUGGGCGUAUAAUAUAUAACGAGGGUGCGCGAGUGCGCGGCACAUUGUGUAUAUAUAAAUACAUACACGUAUACAAUAACGCAAAUUAUUUAAAGAGAAAGAAAACACAGUGCACUACUCUUCAAUAGGUUAUUUAAUACUGUUAAUCCGGCUCGUUCCCGGAUCCGCGUUUCGCGAUUGCAGUUGUACGCGAGAUUAUUGCGAUUAUCGAGAUUAUCGUUCGUUUCCUCUGCGUGUGCGUCGAAGCACAUAACGACCCCACCGAGCAGCUGGUCUGCAACUCGAAAAUUUUAUGAAGGGUAGGAAUGGAGGAUGGGAAAGAAAAAGGGAGAAAGAGGGGGAGGGAGAGGGAGAGAAGGUUGCAUCGAAUUGAAGAGCUCAUUUCCAGAUCAAUAUUCGUAUUCUUGAAAAAUCGGGUUUGCGUCUCGUGAAGAUUCUUUUUUUGUUAUGCUAAUGUGGAAGCGUCUGUCAUCUCUUAAAAAUCAAAACUUAAAAUCUAGAGAAAGCAAUUUAAUUUUGUCUGGAUUAUGCAGAAUUAUUCGUUUUAUGGAGUCGAGUUCUAAAUAAGUUUUCAAAAUGGGUUCUUCCUGACUUCCUUUUUUAUUUAUUUAUUUUCAAAUAAAAUAUUUCGUUACACAUAUAAAGUCAUUCGUUGAACAUAAAGUUUUCCAAUAUUUUCCGUUAUUACUGAUUUGUUCCAAUCCGAUCGUCAGUUUAUCAUUUUCUCUCUGUAUUAACAUACAGAGAAAGAUAAAUGUAUACAUACGCUAUUUAAUUUAGAUCUAUGUAUAUAUUAUCCAUAUGAUCACACGUCAAAAGUUAUUUAUGACUCAUUCGAUAUAACGCAUGUUUCUUUUUUUUUCUUUUCUUUUGUCCUCAAUUUAUCAAGAAUUAAGCAUAUUCAUUUUAAGUGUCCCUCAUGUUUCGCAUCGAUUUCGGCGACGAGGAUUAUUCAAUAUAAUGUGCCUUAUCAUCGUGUGAAAGAAACGCUCUCAAACGCAUAGGAUAUCGUCUACAUCUGAAAGUACACUGAUAUUUUGAUACUCGCGUGUUGAUACAAUGAAGAUACAAGUUCUGUUGAUCGGUCGAGGAGCUGAUUUUGCGAAAAAAUUAGCAGAGUAUAAUAUUUGAACAUUUUCAGAACAUUCGUUUGAAAAAUGGUGUAUAUUUUUAUUUUUCUUCGAUGCCUUCCGAGACGAGUCCAUGAUAAAAUGAAAGAACCUAUUUUGCAAAAAAAUAUUGAAACAUAAAUACGAUCAUUAAACGUUGAUUAUGUUACAAAAGUGCGUCGAGGAAAACGUUCAAAUUCCACUGCAAACAAACGACAAAACAAACAGAAAACCUUUCUACAUCCUGCAGCAGUUGCAUCGCAAUUCUCUAUUGUACAUAAGACGCAUGUAAUUGGCGUUUGGGCGAAAACGCAACAACCCGAAAAUACUCAUCGCUAUUUCUAUAAACAAGCGACAACGUUGUGACACGGUAAUCUAAAUUAAUAAUAGCUUUUUUCUUUUCUUCUUCCAAGGCGGACGCAUAUUUUUUAUGCCAAUGUAGAAAUUAUACUUCUGUCUAAGAAUAGAAGUUGUCUUGAUUGUAGAAUCACGAUGAAUAAUUAUUUCAUGCAGAAUGUUUCUUCGGGUUUCCACUUCCUUGUUGAUGAUGUAGUUCGAUAAGAAAGAAAAGAAAAGAAAAGUGGAUUUAGUUAACCGUGGCUAGUACCGUGCUAUGCAACUGAUUUUGAAAAGUGAAUCCCGAACACGUCAGUUGCGGCGCUUCGAAACAUCGAAAGAUCGUUUGUUGACCGCGACAAUGCGAGAAAAAAAUGUAUCGUAUCUGAGUUAUAUGUCGAAAGAAGAAAAAUUCCGAAAAUUGAGGUUGACAUCGUCCUUAACACUGGAACGGCCGUCAUCUUAUCGGCGGUUUUUUUAGUAAACCGUUUUUCCUUUUUGCUGAGAGCUGAGAGAUCUAACGAUUGAAAGCUUUGAUUAGUGCACUUUAACGAAAUUAACGACGCGCACAUGGUAAGAGAGACGCUUAUUGCUCGAUUUGGAAUAUGAAUUUUUUUAUUUAUUUAUUUAUUUAUUCUUUUUUUAUAUUCGAAGUGAGCUCGGCCGUUCUAAUGUUAACGUAAUGAAGUAUGUUGAAAUCGUUUUUAAUGCCGCUGAUAACUUUAUAAGAGGUAUCAUCAAGGUAACGGAUGCCAUAUUAUAUAUAUACCGAGGAAUAUGGUCAAUUUUUAUAAGGAGUUUGGGAAGGUGGGGGUUGGCGAAAAACUAUUGAAAAGAUUUUUGUACAUAUUUUUGUACAUACGCAUCUCAACGAAUAUAUACGCGCGUUUAUACAUAUAUAAAUAAAUAAAAAAAAUAUAUAUAUAUAAAUUUUAAAUAAUACAAAGAAUGUGAGAGGACGUUUCUUGUAUUAUUUACAGAUGUAUUUUUAUUUCGGUGAAACGUGCGUUCGAUUUUACAGAGCGUCUCGUAAACCUGCAAGUUCGUAGAACUUUAAUUACAAAGUUGAAUACGAAAAAAAAUAAAUAUAUUGAUGUGUGUGUGCGCGCGCGUACACGUGUAUGCAUGUGUGUGUGUGUGUGUCGCGCUCGCGCGAUUGAGUAUGUGUGGAGACCGAUAUCAAUAUAUGUAAUUGUUUUCUCACCCAAGUGCCGGAUCUAUUACGCUCAUGUAUUUAAUUAAUGUUAUAUUAUUGUAUUAUUUACUACCACAUAGCGCCUUUCUGUAUCAAAGUAGGUAUAUAAUGAUAACAUCGAAGUAACGAUGGCGAUUUAAUAGUACUACUAAGAAAUGCUAGACGAUAAACGUAAUUUCAUAAAGAGACAUAUCUCACGCAAAAAUAUACACGUACACACCAUUACAGGAGACACGCAGGCCUCACACGUACAACCACAAUCACAGUUUGAUUUGUAAGUAACGGUUCGUAUGGUAACGAUUAAAAGGACAAAAUAUACUCUUGCCACGUU